AUGUCAGAAGAAUCGAUAAAUCCAUCUAUUGCUCAGCAUCAUCAAAUCAUUAAAAGAACUUCAUCUCAUCCUGAUCUAAGACAAUUAGCUUCAAAUCAAUCACAUCAUUCUUUAAUCUCAACUGUUUCAUUCUUAUCAAACCGAAACCCUUCUACUUCAACUUCAACUUCAACUUCAUUUCCUUCUACUUCAUCAAACAUCUCACCUGAAAUUGAAAAAGUUAAUAGUCCAUUAGAUAUCAUCUCAAUCCCAACUCGUUCGCCACCAAAAUAUCAUCAGCAUCAUCAUAUUCAUCAUAUCCAAAACCCACAUCAUCAAAGAACUUUAAGUGUCACUUCAUCGAUUGGCAGCUCAAGUGUUUAUCAACAACAACAACAACAUCUUUUGCUCCAAGGACGUUAUCAUCCUCAUCAUCGUGGAUCAGUCAGUACAUGUGCAAUGACAGAUGAAUCACCAUGGGAUGAAACAGAUUUAGAUCUAGAAGAUGCUCAAGGAGGGAUCAACAGUUUAUUAAUGAAUUCACUAGAAGAUCAUGAAGGAGAAGGAGAACUAGAAGUAGAGGAGAUCGAAGUAGAAGAAAUCGAAGAAGAAUCAGAUGGAAUGAUGAUAGAUGAUGAUCGAAGUAUUAGUAGUUCUCAAAUUAGAAAAGGAAAAAUGAAGGAAAAAAUCGAAUCUUCAGAUUCAAGUAUGAAUCAUACCAUCAUGAGUGGUGACCGUCUUGGAACUGGAAAUCCUGAUAGAGAUAGAUCUUCUCGUCAAACUUCUAUGCCUAUUGAUCAUGAUACCCAUCGUUCAACUUCGACUCAAGUCGGUGCUUUUGGUGCAAGAAUGGUCAGGAGGAAACAUGUGAAUCGAGCUAAUCUUUUACCUCGUCCAAAAGCACAUCUCAGAGUAGCAGCUCAACUAAGCACCGAAGACGUUUCACCAGAUCUUUUAACCGAAGCCGAAGUCCAUCGAAGAUUUAGAUCAGUACCAUUCGUCAUCCCACCCUCAUCACCAGCCCCAAAUCCAUUACAUUCACCCUUAAUACCACGCACACCCUCUUCACCCUUUGGAAAUCCCGAAAGAAAAUCCAUACCAUUACCACCGCCGCCUACGAAUCGAUUUCCAGAACAAGUAGGACCGGAUGACAGUUUAGGAAAAAGGGACGAAGAAAGCGAAGACAGUAGUGAAGGAGAAUCAACGAGUAUGAUGGAUGAAAGCACAACAGAAGAACAACGAAUGAACCUAGAAAUCCAGAAAUGGAAACGGUUUCGUGGAAGUGGAACGACUAAUACGAAUCAUCAUCCUUCACUUCUUACUCAUCCUGCUAAUCCGGUUGGACCGAAUCCUUUGGUCAUCUCUCCUGGUUCUCCUGAUCCUUCUCCUGCUAGACCUUAUGGUAUUAACGGGUAUCAUUCGUUUGGUGGAUCUCCUUGUUCUUCACUAGGAACUGGAACCAUGACCAAACCUGCCAAAAGGAGAUUUCAAGAUACAGAUCGGUUUGAUUGUUCACCUAAUUCGAAUUCUUUCAAACGUCGAGCUAUUUCUCCUUCAGCUUCGAUUGCUGGUUCUUCUUCUUGUGUUGGAUCACCUAUUUUACAUUACCUUCAAGUUCAACCUACUCCUACAAAUAAUCAUCAAGGUCAAAAUUCAUCAAUCACAAAAGAUUGA